AUCACAUGAGAAAUGCUUUUUGAGCCGUUGAUACACGCUACAUGCACAACAGGAAUCGAUAGUUAAAAGAGAAAAAUGAAAGGCUUACACUGUCUAGUUUUUUGGAUAUAUUUUUCCUCCACAAUAUUCACUGGAGCAGGUGCGAGUGUGCUAUGUUAUAACGUUACAAAAGAAUGUGUAGGAAAUGAGCCAGAAAAUGUCCCAGGGUGUAUUGAACAUUAUAUGAGACAAUGCUCCAGAAAACAACCCCGAGGUUUUUCAGUGCCAGGCUAUUUCAUAAAGAGAAUUUCAUCCUUAGAGCCAACGCUGAAUACGGAAAAAGGACAUGUAAUUCAAAUCUCAUCUGAAGCGUUACAGAAGAGCGUUGAUGGACAGGGUGAAAUCAGUUAUACAGAAGUGGACUUGAUUGUGUCUGUUAUCAACAAUACCUUCUUCAGGACUCAGGAUCCCAAUGACACAGAGUUAGAGCCAAAAGUGCAUGGCAAGAGUGUAUUGGGAGUUUGGCUUGGUGAGAAAGAAGUUUGUAACCUUUCUCAGCCUGUUCAACUCCGCUUUAGAAGAUCCAAUCAGUCUGAAAAUGGAACCUGUGUCUACUGGCAUCUUGAUAACCUUGGUGGAGGUAACUGGAGUACAGAUGGCUGUAAAACUGGCAUAGAGAACGGAGACUUUGUGUGCAAUUGCAAUCAUCUGAGCUUUUUCGCGGUACUCAUUAAUCCUCAAAUCCCUAAAGAUGCCCAAAUUCUCCAUCUCAACUACAUUUCAUACAUUGGCUCUGCCCUUUCAAUAGUUUUUACAGCUCUCAUCAUGGUCUUAUUUCUGUUGCAAAGAAAGAAGCAAUGUGAGCAUUCGGUCAUUAUUCAUGUACAGCUCACAGGCUCCUUGUUCUUGCUGCACAUGUCCUUCUUGUGUAGUGUGUGGUUUUCAAGCAAGAGAGAUGAAGUAUGUCAGUUCUUUGGACUUGUCCUACACUGGUGCCUUUUAGCCACCUUCACAUGGACAGCCAUUGAGGGUUUUCACCUGUACCUGCUGCUGGUGCGGGUUUUCAACAUCUACAUCAAGAGAUACCUGCUUAAACUAAGUUUGGUGGGAUGGGGUGUACCCACAGUUACAGUGAUGAUAUGUGGUGUAACUAAAGUGUAUGGCAAAUAUACCUUUUCCAUGGAGAGAGAAAAUUCGACAGGCACACCAAUAUGCUGGGUUACCACACAGACUGUGAGCUACAUUACAGUGAAUGCUUAUCUUGGGCUGGUGCUGCUCUUUAACAUGGCUAUGCUGGCAGUGCUGGUGGUUAAGAUGCAUCAGUUACGGUCAAGGAAUCAUAAGAUUAAUAUCAGUGAGAGGGGGGUAUGGAAAGACUGGGCAUCUCUUCUUGGACUCAGCUGUAUUUUGGGUGUGCCCUGGGGACUGGCCUUCUUUACCCAUGGUGGCCCCUUGAGUCUCCCCUCGCUCUAUGUUUUCAGCAUUCUCAACUGUUUUCAGGGUGUCUUUAUUUUCUUGUGGUUUUUGACUGUCACGUGUAAGGUGCGGAAAGAGGAACAGUUUUCAUCAAAAGGCACGAUUCAUGUCAGCUUCCCACAAUAAUUAAGGACAUGUGAUUAACCACCAGCUUUUUGUUUACGACCAUAACCAUAUUAACUGUCAGAUUGCAGAACCGUCUGCAUGUAGUAUUAAUAAUUUACUGUGAAAAAAGUUAUAUAUUUCUAAGUGUUCAUAUGUUGUUCCUUAUAAAUAUAUGUAUGUUUCAGAAUACUUUAUUGGCUUCCAUCUUUUUACUUUUUUUUUUUUUUUCAGGUUUG